CUAGACAAAACAACGAUGUUUAUAACUACUCAAAUUUAUAAUAAAAACGCUCUCUUCUCUCUCCUGUUUCCCCUUCCCCUGAACCCCCAAAUAAUCCCAUCGCCAUGGGAGGGAAGCUCUGGGCUUCCCUCCCUCUUCUCUCCCUUUACUUUUUCCCCUCUUCCUUUUUCCCCCUUAUCCCCCUCUACCGCCGCCUCCGUUGUGGCUCUUGCUUCUUCCUCUGAAGAAGCCUUUAUCCUGCAUCAACAUGCUCUAGCCUUUCUCUUGCUGGAUCUUGUUUUUGCCUUAUGUUUCUUGCUUCUCUGCUCCUCAACUCCUCAUCUACCGGGCACGCGCCUCUCCAUCAGCUUCGCCGCCACCAUCCGACUCCAUCGACAUCAGAAGCGGUUCCACCGGCCUCCCGCGAACCGGAGCGUGAUUUGCACGCGCCGCCAGGGACUUAACCGGUUUUCCCCCUUCCCCCGCCUCUGUUGGUGGUCUCGCGCCGUGCGUGGUGUUAGCCGAUGGCGAGAGGUCCUCUGGUGUAGGCGCGUGGACUCCACGCGCUGUCUCAGGGGACUCCCAGCCCACGCCCCUCUGCUGACCGGUUGCUGCUGUGUUGUUGUGUUUUUUUUCUUUUUGUAUUUCUGGGCAGUUUUGUUUAGGUGUGUUUUUUGUAUUUCUUUGUUAUGUAGGAUUUUCUGUUGUAUAUUCUACUGUAAUCUCUGUAAUGGUUACCCCAGUGGUGUUUGGAUCCUUGUGAUUCUGCAACCACCCUUUACCACCUUUAAUGGUGGCCCAGGUUCUUGGCAUCCGUGUCAAGGUCCAAUAGGCCCGCAUCUUCGGAAGCAUUGCCUCCGCGUACUUUCAUUCAUAGGUUUUAAUGUUUUUUUCUUAACGUUAUGGGUUGCUCAGCCCUAGUUUAAUGUAA